AUGUAUCUAUCCCACUGCCCGUGUCUUCAUCCCAGACAAUUACAUCAACUGAACAUGACUAUGAAGAACCAGACAAGAACUGAGAUGGAAUUCAUCCUCCUCGGAUUCUCUGGGACCAAAAGAGUUCAGUCUCUGCUCUUCACUUCAUUCUUUAUCACCUACACUGUUGCUUUGGUAGGCAACCUCCUCAUUAUUACAUUGGUCUGGUGUGAUAACACCCUUCAUAGCCCCAUGUACAUGUUUAUUGCCAACCUGUCCUUUUUAGAGGCUCUGUACACUACGACAGUUAUCCCCAACUUGCUAGUCAACUUAAUGAGCCAGAGAAAAUCUAUUUCUUUUAGUAGCUGCAUUUCCCAAGCCUAUGUCUACUUCUCAGCAGGUUCAACAGAGUUAUUCCUUUUGGCGGUCAUGUCUUUUGACCGCUACAUUGCUAUAUGCAACCCACUGCGAUACACAACCAUCAUGAACAUGCGCUUUUGCCUUCAGCUUGUAGCUUAUUCCUGGAUGUGGGGUUUCCUUGUUGUGAUUCCACCAGCCGUCUUGGUAGCCCGGCUGACAUUUUGUGGACCCAAUGUCAUCAACCAUUUCUUUUGUGAUGUUGACCCCUUGCUCAAGCUAGCCUGCUUUGAUACCAGGAAUAUUGAGCUAGUGAACAUUGUCAGUUCUGCCUUGCUUCUUCUAGGCUCAUUAGUGGUAACAGGGGUGUCCUACUUGUCCAUAAUUGCAACUGUGUUUAGAAUUCCCUCAGCCAAAGGGCGUUGGAAGGCACUUUCCACCUGUGCUUCCCACCUAAUUGUGGUCACACUCUUCUAUGGAAGCUCCAUUUUUCUUUAUGUUCAGCCACAAGAAAGCCACUCAUUGGACCUCAACAAAAUGGCUAGCAUUCUGAAUACAGUGAUAACACCGCUACUGAACCCUUUUAUUUAUAGCUUAAGAAACAAGAAAGUCAAAGAGGCCCUAGAACGUGUCACCAGAAGGAAGAUUUUACCCUCAUUAACCUUGUAA